AUGAAAGUUAAAGAAAAUACACCUUGUUGGAAGAAAUUUGGUUUGCCGGCUGUGCAGAAUGAAGAAACGAAUCGAUUUGAUAUUAUACAAGGCUUUACGUCAUGUAAAGCAUGUAAAACUACGUACAAGUAUAAACAAGGAAGUACCACGUCAAUGAAUGAACAUAAAUGUGCAAUGGGUGUUAUGAAUCAAAGAACGUUAAAUUUUCCAACAAAACAAUCGUCAUCAUCGGCUAAUUCAAUAACAUUUUCAACAAUGUCGAAGACCAUUGAAAGAAAGAAGAAAGUGUUAACAACACUGAUUGCCAAAUGGAUAUGUUUUAAUGUUCGUCCUAUUUCAAUCGUUGAAGACGAAGGAUUUCAUGCAGUAAUUCAAGAAUGUGCCAAUACAGGAAUUCUUAGUAGUACACUUAAUUUCACAGAAUUAUUACCGUCAAGAAAAACCGUGUCACAUGAAAUUAGUCGUCUAGCCAAUGAAUGUCGUUCUGCUUUAAAAAAUGAACUAUUAUUAGCGGUUAAACGAUCGGGACUAGCCAUCUCUCCAGAUAUGUGGACAGAUAAUUUCAGGAAGGCGAUAAUAAAAGGUUUGGAACGUUAUGAUUUACAUAAUUACCUCGAUUAUAUCCAAUUCGUAUCAGAUCGUGGAUCUAAUAUUUUGAAAGCAUUAGAAGGUUAUCGUUUGCUGAACUGUUUCGCACAUCGUCUCAAUAACAUCUUGAAGCACACAUUUUAUCAAAUUGGAAAGAAAAAGAAACAAGCAACAAUUCAGAGUGAAGAAGAAAGAGAAGAACCUGAUGAUGAAACAGUCACAACUAUGCAUACUAGUUUCGACAGUGAUUCCAAUUCUGACUUUAGCGACGAUGAUGUGUUAAUAUCUUUGGCUGAUAUUCGUUUAAAGCUGUUGAACUCAAAAAGUAUUGAAACAGAUUAUAUAGCAGUGCGAGAAACGAAACUGAAUCGCGCAAGCAAACAAGUAUUAGCAACAAUCAAGUCAUACGAUGGACGAGGCGGUGACGGGGCAGAAAGCAGACGGGGCGAUCCCCGCGGAGCAGAUUUCUCGAAACUUGACGAGGUACGGGGCGAUGCCGAGGCGGGAAGUUUGCGAGGCGAUCCUCGCGAUGGAGCUAAAGAUACUCCCUCGCCCAUCUCUGCCACAUAUCAGCGCGAACAAGAUCAAAAGUUGGCCACAGAUCACCCGACUUAUGCCUAA